AUGGUUACAGAGACAGCGUCCGGUUGUGCGUGGGGGCGUGGUGUAUCAUGGGAAAAAAAGUUGUUUGGAAAGCAGUUGCAACGCUGUGGAGUGAGUGAGUGAAUCACAACAAACGGAUUUUUCUUCAGAUUUGACGCGCAGGUGGGUCACCAAAUGUUGAAGUUUUCAGAGUUUGUCAAAGACGUUCUAACGUUGAGUAGCAAACUGUAUUCUUAGCUUCUGUAGGUCGUAGUACGUUGUUGCUUGAUGCUAAGUCUGCUAAGUCAGCCGACAGCACUAGCUAGCCACCUAGCGCCCCUCGAUUGCCAAAAUUGUCAGAUACAGAGCCAAUGAAAGUUUCCCUCAUGUAUUUUCUUUUUUGAUGUAGUCAUUGGUCGGUGAUGUCUGGGAGGAAGAUGCCGAACUGUCCUGCCUCUGCCUCUGAGGGUUUCAGCUCCACUCCGUUAAAAACUCAACAGGAAAAAGACCACCAUAUAUCCAAUGGCUUAGACGACGGCGUCCUAUCUGACGACGAAGACACAUUUUCCCUCUUGUCUCCUAUCUAUCAUGACAGUUUUGAUAGUGAUGAGGACCUGGAGCACAGCCCUGAUCAGCAGAGUGACCACAGCAGACACAGCCUGUCCUCAGACCGGUAGUGUAACUAUUGACCACCACAGAUUGUAUGAUUAAGAUGGACUAAUUUUGAGUUAUUAAUUCAAUUCAGUUCAGUUCAACUUUAUUUAUAAAGCGCAGACAAGGCAGACUCAAUGUGCUUCACAACCGGUAUACAUAGUUAAAAAGAACAGUUAUAUAAAAAUCAUAGGAAAUCAAUUGAAGAGUGUAAGUGCAAGUAAACAACUUCAUUGCAUUCACACUUAAACUCGUACAUGCGCACCCACUCACACAUGGAGACACACACACACACACACACACACACACACACACACACACACACACACACACACACACACACACACACACACACAGUUCAAUAGAAUGCCAUAGAAAAAAAAAGAAAAGUUUUUUAAUCUGUUUUUAAAGAUGGCUACUGAUGUGGCAUGUGGGGUGUAGGUGAUGAGCAUAUCUGCGAUGUACUGAGGUGCAAGGCCAUGUAGUGCUUUGUAAACCAGCAGUAGUAUUUUGAAAUCAAGUCUUUUUCUAAUGGGUAACCAAUGUAAAGAUUUGAGAACAGGUGUGAUGUGUUGAUAUCUUUUGGUACCAGUGAGAAUAUGUGCAGCUGCAUUUUGAAUCAAUUGUAACCUCUGAAUACUUGAUUUUGGGAGUCCAUUGAAUAAACCAUUACAGUAAUCCAGUCUACUUGUUAUAAAUGCAUGGAUUAAUUUUUUUAAGUCUGAUUUUGACAGAAAGCCCCUCAGUUUGGAGAUAUUUAAGAUAUAUUAAAGACUUGUGUUUAAAAAUUGAUCUUUUAUUUCCUCACUAGAUGUGAAUUACCGAGAACACCAUCAGAGCAGAUGUUGAGGGCUGCGGUGGAGCCUGCAUGCUCACCUACUCUCAGUCCAUGGGAAAUGUGGCUGAUGAACAAAGCAAAAGAGGAACGUCUGAAGUCAGAAAAGAAAGCAGAGGAGGCAAGCAACACUAAGUUAUUUGUUUAAUUACAGCAGUGUAAUCUUCCCUCUGUGUAAUUGGAGUUUGUACGUUUCUAAUGAUCGUUGUUUUAUUAUGUCUGAGUCUGUUGCUCACUCUGUUUCCUUUCAAUUAGGAGCAAUUACUGAAGGAAAAAGAAGAGCAGCAACAGAGGGAGCAGGAACAAAAAAAGAUUGUCAUGGAAGAGAGAAUUCAUGAAUGGCUAAGGAUGAAAAAAGAACAGGUAGAGAACCGCUCCUUGGCAAAAAGUACAAUCAAAUUAUACACUGCGUUCCAAAUUAUUAUGCAAAUUGCAUUGAAGUGUCAUACAGGUUCUAUUUUUUGUUUUUCAAUUAAACUCAUGGAUGGUACUGUGUCUUAGGGCUCUUUGGAUCACUGAAAUCAAUCUCAUUUAUCUGUGAUAAUUAGUUUGCCAGGUGAGCCCAGGUAAAGGAAAAACUAGUAAAGAAGGGCGUUCCACAUUAUUAAGUAGACCACCAUUUUCAAGCAAUAUGGGAAAGAAAAAGGAUCUCUUUGCUGCUGAAAAGCAUGAAAUAGUUGAAUGCCUUGAGCAAGGUAUGAAAACCUUGGAUAUUUCACGAAUACUUAAGUGUGAUGAUUCAGAGCACACUGGCGGAUUCGUGCAGAUAAAGGCACAAUGAGGAAGGUUAAGAGAACAGCUGCUAAAAUGCCUUUACAAAGCAGCAAACACAUAUUUGAAGCUGCUGAUACCUCUGGAGUCCCAUGAACUUCAAGGUGUAGGAUCCUUCAGAGGCUUGCAGUUGUGCAUAAACCUUCAAUUCGGCCACCCAUAAAUGAUGCUCACAAGCAGAAAUGGUUGCAGUGGGUCCAGAAAUACAUGAAGACUAAUUUUCAGACAGUCUUGUUCACUGAUGAGUGCCGUGCAACCCCUAAUGGUCCAGAUGGAUGGAGUAGUGGAUGGCCACCAUUUCCCACGAAGGCUGCAACAUCAGUAAGGAGGUGGUGGAGUCAUGUUUUGGGCAGGAGUUACAAGGAGAGAGCUGGUCAGCCCUUUAGGGUCCUUGAAUGUGUGAAAAUGACCUCGGCUAAGUAUAUAGUUUCUGACUGAACACUUUCUUCCAUGGUACAAAAAGAAGAACCGUGCUCUCCGUAACAAAAUCAUCUUUAAUCAUCUUCAUGCAUGACAAUGCACCAUGUCAUGCCGCAAGGAAUACCUCUGCAUCAUUGGCUGCUAUGGGCAUAAAGGUAGAGAAACUCAUGGUGUUGCCCCCAUCCUCCCCUGACAUCAACCCUACUGAGAAACUCUGGAACGUCCUCAAGCUAAAGAUCUAUGAGGGUGGGAGGCAGUUCACAUCCAAACAGCAGCUCUGGGAGGCUAUUCUGACAUCCUGCAAACAAAUCCAAGCAGAAUCUCUCCAAAAACUCACAAGUUCAAUGGAUGCAAGAAUUUUGAAUAUGCUUUUAAAUGAGGGGUCCCAUGUUAAAAUGUAACUUGACCUGUAAGGAUGUUUUUGGUUUCAGUAAAUAUGACCUCCUAAUGCUGCUAAUUCAACAAAUGACUAUUUUCAGUUCCUUAGAUUCUGUAAAAUGUUUUGAAAGUCUGUUUUGCAUAAUAAUGUGGAACAGUACAUUUUAAGUUUUUUAUUUUUGAAUAAAAUACUGUUAUCAUUGGGAGGUGUGUUCAAUAACAUUUCAAUUAUACUUUAACGGUUCAGGACUUGAAAAUUAUGUGUUGACUAUUUAGAAAAUCUGAGAAAAAUAUCAUUUGCAUAAUAAUUUGGAACGCAGUGUAAUUAACCUUAAAAAAAUAUUAUUUAGAAACACAACAGUGUAACACAUUUCUUUUGUUGGUUUGUGUUUGUCUUGCAAUCCAAGGAGAAGAGCAAGCAGUUCCUAGAGCAGCGCAAAGAGGAGGAGAAGAUUCAAAGGCAGUGGGAAGAGCAAAAGAAGACAGAGCAGAAAGCUCAGCAGAAAUACAAAGAGUGGCUCCAGAAAAAGAACCAAAAGAAAAAAGAAAUGGAAAGGAAAGAAAAAGUAAUGUGGAUCUUAAAAGUUAUUCUGCUGUCAUUUCAACUAUUCUAAAAUUUUUAAGGUAUGAUGGAUGUGCAAAAGUGAACACGAAUACCUUUAAUUCUUGACAGGAGGAAGCAGCCCUGAAAGAGGAGCAGGAGAGAGAGCGCAUCAGGAGAGCAGAGGAGAAGUUUCAGGAAUGGCUGAUCAAAGCCAAUGAAAAAAGCAGAGCAAGUCCCAAAUCACCAUGCAACAAAGCAGGUAAAGGUCAAGUGAGUUAUUUAGGAAUUUUUAGCUAUUACUGAUAGUUUUUGUCUUUACUUUACGAUUAACUAAAAGUAUUCAUUUUUUCUAAUGUAGUAAUUUCAUCCAGUAGCAGCAGCAGCAAUGUAUUUUUAUUUUGUGCUGGAUUCAGAGCUCAUCUGACUUAACUGUGGCUCAUUGUUUUCAUUCUUUCUCUUGGUGUUAGUCAAUCCAUUUUAUUCAUUUAUUUUUUUCCUCAAGGUCCCUACGACAAAUUCCUUCCUUCACCUGGCUUCUACAAUCCAAUCCCCUGGAAACCGAUUCAUGUCCCACCGCCAGAGACGUCACUAACAAAGACAUCUGACAAGAAAAAUUCAAAACAAAGAAAAUGUCCACAAACUCCCUGCCCCCCUUUUAGAUUGAGGAACUCUGUGAGUGAAGCACAUAUGCUGCAGAAAAGAUGA